UAUAGGAGAGUUUAUGGCAGUUGACGUAUCCUCCGGUGCCGAAUGUUGAUUUCUCGUAUUAUUGUAGUGUCGAUGAAUUAAUGUAUACAAGAUGCCGAGUUUCUGUGAUAUCUUCCACCUCAAAUAUGUCAUUUUCGCCCUCGCUAUGGUAUCCACGACGCGGAGUUAUGUGAAUGCCGGUGCGACAAAACUCACAAAGGAUAAUAUUGAUAUGACACUAGCAUCCAAUGAAUUAGUAUUUAUAAACUUUUAUGCUGAAUGGUGUCACUUUAGUAAUAUGUUAGCACCAGUAUUCGAUGAAGCCGCUGAUAAAAUUAGAGAAGCCUUCCCCGAGGCUAAUAAGGUGGUUAUGGGAAAGGUAGACUGCGAUGCAGAGUCUUCCGUGGCAUCUAGAUUCCACAUUUCAAAGUAUCCCACCUUGAAAGUCAUAAGAAAUGGAGUGCCAGCUAAGCGAGAAUACCGUGGCCAAAGAUCAACUGAGGCAUUCGUGAAUUUUAUCACAAAACAGUUGGAGGAUCCAAUUAAAGAGUUCCAUGAGCUUAAGGACCUCAGCAAUCUCGAUGACAAGAAGAGAAUGAUCAUUGGGUACUUUGACAAGAAGGAAGUUCCUGAGUAUCAGACAUUCCGCAGAGUGGCGAUGAAUCUCAAGGACGACUGUCAGUUCCAUGUUGGUUUUGGCACUUGCUCUGAUCAAGGCUGUGAGAUUGGAGAACUUAUUAAACUAUUUGAUAGUAGCCAGGCGAUGCACCCUCCUGGACAGCCCAUAAUCGUCUUCAGGCCUGACAAGGCUCUGUCUAACGAUGAGGACGAGACCUACAAAGGAAGUUUGAUGAACUACGACGAAUUGAACAUUUGGAUUCAAGAGAAAUGUGUUCCUCUUGUUAGAGAAAUUACCUUCGAAAAUGCUGAAGAGUUGACUGAGGAGGGCUUGCCCUUCCUAAUUCUUUUCCACAAACCCGAUGACAUUGCAAGUGUCAAGGACUUCAAGGACAUUGUUGCCACUACAUUAACUGAUGAGAAACAAAACGUCAAUUUCCUCACAGCAGACGGUUUGAAGUUCGCUCACCCCCUCCACCACCUUGGAAAAAGUGCAUCAGACUUACCACUAAUUGCAAUCGACAGUUUCCGACACAUGUAUCUAUUCUCUAACUUCCAAGACAUUUUCACUCCUGGAAAAUUGAAGCAAUUUUUGAAGGAUCUGUACUCCGGUAAACUUCAUCGUGAGUUCCACUACGGUCCAGACACGAACAGCGAAGCACCCCAGAUCGAUGGUCAAGCAAGAACCCCAACGACACCACCAGAAUCGACUUUCAAGAAACUUGCGCCGAGUAAAAACCGUUAUACGCUGCUCAAAGACGAACUUUAAAAAGUGUUACGUGAAGAAAAAUCAUCAAUGAUGAACAGAUUUGUGACUAAUUGUGGUGCGUCAAUCAGAAGUAAUUUUUUAAUCAGUGCAAAUUAGGGUUUUUUUACAUUAAAAAAAACCCACGAACUUCCAGAUCAAUUAUUUUGUGAAUAUAGUUGAUUGAGAAAAAGCAGAAUAAAAAGUAAUGUAUGAAAUAAAAAUGAAAAAUUUAGAGCCUUACGAGUAAGUCGUCCUUAAUGGAUGGUAAAUUGAGGCACAAGCGUGAAUUUAAGAAAAAUUUUACAUUGCAAUUUUGUAGUGAAGUGGGAAAACGUUACACAUCAAAUUUAGACUCUUCGUCACCGAAGCAUUUUUUUCUGAAUACGAAUCAUCUUAAGAGGAUGAUAAGACCUCUCAUCCCAAAAUCACUCGUUAUCGAAACGAUUACAUUACCGACGAGAUGUGAGAAGUCGACUUGUUCUGUUAUGUUUUGUCACUUCGGUGCUGAAUUAUACAUAGCCUUGGAGUUCUAUUGAUAUUUUAUAAAUCUUUUCCUCAUUUGAAUAUGGAAAAAACUGUAUAGAAUCAAUACUAAUUAAUAUAAAACUAGAAUUUUACGUUUAUAAAGACAGAAUUUGCGGUACGAGUGGAUGUGAAUUCAUAAUUGAUUAUUGUAUUCUAUUGUUUUUUAUGCAACGAAGCCAGAUGAGGUUACAGAGGAGAAAUAAUUCUACUGUCUGAAGUAUUACCGAAAUUCCUCUCAAGAAUGAUACAAACCUGGUGAUUUAUGUCGUACAUACGAUUUUUUCAUGGAACCCAGCAAUCGAAAUAAAACUAAUCCGU